AUGAUCACGAUGCUCAUGCUGACGAUGCCGAUGACCAUGACCAUCAUCAUGGCGAGCUAUGGUACGGACAUUUCCAGCUUUCAAGAGUACGUCGAUGAUUCCCUCAAGAUCGCAAUCUUCAAACAUGCGAUCAUUGCAGAAAACACCACAGAGGAUGCGAUCGCUGCAGAGAUCAAAGAGAGGUUCGAGGAUGAGUUGCCUCACGUUCUGCAAGGAGAGACAGCACAGCUGGGAUCGUCUUCAGCCAAGUUGCUCAACUACAUCCCUGUCGACUUGUUCGAGCUGGUUCCUGACAAGAUGGCUUCCAACACUGUGAUCAAGUUGUCAGUGUUGGAGGCAGGAGAGUACGUUAUCUUUGCCAAUCAUUUCCUCUCUGAGUGGGAGGGCUCGAUGAGAUUCAUGAUGGAUGUGCAUGGAGACGCUGUCAUCCCCGAUGCCUCGUCUCAGUGUCACUCGACCUUGUCCUCCUCUACUGUCUGGGGGCUCUCGAUCUUGGGAGCGAUGAUCGGAGCUGUGAUGUCACUCUCGGGCGUGUUGAUUGUAGCCCCGGUGAUCAGGAUGAAGGAGGUGUGGGUGCUCAAGUACCUCAACUUCUUUGCUGCUGGUGUUCUCCUCUCCUUCGUUCUCGUCCAUCUGAUCCCCGAAGCUGGCAACCUGACCGGCCGUGUGGAUUGGAAAGUCAGCACAACCGUUCUGGCUGGGUUCUUUGCUGGGCUUCUCAUCGAGCAUAGCAUACACCUCUUCUUCACUCCCCAGGUCACGGAGCAGGCAACCAUUGGAGUUGCAAGUGGAAAUCUGGCAGAGAGAGGAGAGUUGGUCCUCGUCGACCAUCAUGGGGAGGCAACCAAGGUGUCGGAGAAGGAGAACGCGCAAGAGAUCGUGGCAUGGGGAAGAAUCGGCAACAUCCUCAUCGGUGACUUCUUUCACAACUUCUUCGACGGCGUGUCGACGGCCAUCGCCUUCAAGUACUGCGGCACUGGACUCGGCUGGAUCGUCGUCGGCGCGUCAGUCGCACACGAGCUCCCACAGGAGCUGAGCGACUUUGUAGUGCUGUACAACUCAGGCUUGUCCAUCAAGUGGGCUCUGAUCAGCAACCUCAUGUCCUCCCUCUCCGCUGUGCUGGGGAGUAUAGUCAUUCUAGCAGCCACGGAGAGUAUCGAGCACAACAUCAACCACGACAUGGGCCUCUGCCUUGGUUUCGGAGGAGGACUUCUCCUCUACAUCGGAACAGGCCUUGUAAUGGACAUCGUGAAAGUGAGCGACGUGCGAUCAGCGAUGAUUUGCUGGCUGUCGUUCAUCCUCGGGGCUGUCGCCCUUGGCCUGACUGCCCUCAAUCAUAUCCAUUGUGAAUGUUUCGGCGACGAGUCAAGUCAUGAGGGUCACAAUCACUGA